UAGGGUUUAAUCUUCUUGCUUGCGCUUAGGGAUUUAUUCUUCGGAGAAGGCUGGAGGCUGCCGGAAUUUGUAAGCGAGAAAGAUGGAAGUGCAAAACUCAGAACAAGGGCAAAUAAUUGAAAUACGAGGAGAUGUGCCGGCUGUGGAGACAAGCCUAGGUGGAAGUACGAUAUGUGGAGGUGCAGCAUGUGGAUUUUCUGAUGCUCAAACCAUUUCUAAAGAUGCAAAAGAACGUUCGGCCUCUAUGCGGAAAUUGUUGACGGCGGUAGUGCUCUGUGUUGUCUUUAUGAGUGUUGAAGUAGCUGGAGGAGUUAAAGCCAAUAGUCUUGCAAUCUUAACCGAUGCUGCUCAUCUCUUGUCCGAUGUUGCGGCGUUUGCAAUCUCCUUGUUCUCUCUUUGGGCAUCAGGGUGGGAGGCAACUCCACGUCAAACAUAUGGAUUCUUCAGGAUUGAAAUUCUUGGUGCCCUUGUUUCCAUCCAGAUGAUAUGGCUUUUGGCUGGCAUCCUUGUUUAUGAAGCCAUAGCUAGACUUAUCCAUGAUACAGGUGAAGUUCAAGGCUUUCUCAUGUUCAUUGUUUCUGCAUUCGGUCUUGUGGUUAAUAUCGCUAUGGCUAUCUUACUGGGUCAUGAUCAUGGGCAUCACCAUGGCCAUGACCAUAGUCAUGGCCAUGGUGGGAACAAUCAUGACCACCAUGAUCACAGUCAUAGCCAUGACACUGAGCCGCGUGGUCAUGGUUUAAGUGUAACUUCUCACCAUCACCAUCAUCAUGGUUCGAAUUCUAAGCUACACAAUAAACAUCAUCGUACUCUUGAAGCUGAAGCUGACCAUCAAGUGCCUCUGCUGAAGACAUACUCAGACUGUGAAAAACAACCAGAAAAGAAGGAAAGAAACAUCAAUAUACAAGGGGCUUAUCUUCAUGUCCUAGGGGAUUCGAUACAGAGCAUCGGAGUGAUGAUUGGUGGAGCAAUUAUUUGGUGGAAGCCCGAGUGGAAAAUAAUAGAUCUGAUAUGCACCCUUAUAUUCUCUGUUAUCGUAUUGGGAACAACCAUCAGGAUGCUGCGAAACAUCUUGGAGGUUCUCAUGGAGAGCACGCCCCGAGAAAUCGACGCCACGAGGCUCAAGAAGGGUUUAUGCGAGAUGGACGAGGUUGUUGCGAUACAUGAACUCCACAUUUGGGCCAUAACUGUCGGUAAGGUGUUAUUAGCUUGCCAUGUCUUGAUUAAGCGCGAAGCUAAUGCCGACAUAGUAUUGAACAAGGUUGUAGAUUACAUCAGGAGAGAAUACAAUAUCAGUCAUGUGACUAUUCAGAUAGAGCGCCAGUAAAAUCCAUGGUGCAGUAGCUUUUGUGGUUUUAUUGUUGUUGGCUGCUUUAUUUUGAGGAUUUAUGUCCAUCUUUGUCUUUGAUGCACGUGUUAGCAUUUAUAUACUCUUCUAUUAAAUAGA